AACAGUCAACGGAAGGGAAAAAGAAAAACGAAAAUAACUAGCUUUUGUGCUUCUCCAGCAGUCAAUCAGUUCACGCGCUCUUGACCAAACCUCCAUCCCUUCCUUUACGGAGAGGAGCAAAUGGACAAAAGUCGCGCUCUCUUUUGUGUGUGUGUGUGUGUAUAUAUAUAUAUAUAUGUCCCAAGCACCAAGAAGAGAUCAAGUAAAGGUUCAGGCAUUUGUGGGAUAACAGAACUUAAAAGACACAGCGGAGAGGGAUGAGGCCAAAUUGGGAGUUGAAGAAUUGCUGCAACCAUGAGCAAGUAGUGUUUCUUGUUACUGUCUCUGUCUGUACUGUUGUCAUUUUUGCGUUAUGGAGAACAGUACUUCUGAGACCAUUCAAGCUUGUGACAGUAUUCCUUCACGAGGCAAGCCAUGCUAUUGCUUGUAAAUUAACAUGUGGCCAUGUGGAAGGGAUUCAGGUUCACGCAGAUGAAGGUGGAACCACUCAAACGCGUGGUGGUGUGUACUGGUUGAUCUUGCCAGCUGGAUAUCUCGGUUCCUCCUUUUGGGGAAUGGUUUUAAUACUUGCAUCCACAAAUCUUCUUACAGCAAGAAUUGCAGCAGGAUGUUUUGUUGUUGCUCUACUUGUUGUACUGUUGGUGGCUAAAAAUUGGACUCUUCGGGGACUUUGUAUUGGGUUUGUUGUUUUCCUUGGAGUGAUUUGGGUCCUGCAAGAAACAACAAAAGUUCGUAUUCUUCGGUAUACUAUUCUAUUCAUUGGUGUAAUGAACAGCUUGUUUUCAGUUUACGAUAUCUAUGAUGAUCUGAUAUCCCGUAGAGUUAAUUCUAGUGAUGCUGAAAAAUUUGCAGAAGUUUGCCCUUGCCCAUGCAAUGGCAUGGGCUGGGGCAUCAUUUGGGGUUUAAUAUCAUUCUUGUUUCUUUGUGGGGCCGUGUACCUCGGUAUCGUGAUAUUGUCUUGAGGAUUAGGAAUUCUGCUUCAAGUUGUAUGAUCACUUGGAGCCUAGACAAGGCAUCAACUUAAUUGCAACUUCCAGCUCUUAUCAAAUGGCAUCUCAUUUUAUAGAGAUGCUUUGACAAUGGCUUCAGCUGAAGGCAAAUGGAAUUGGUUAGUACCUGUAAUCCUUGUCUACUUCAUUGCAUUUACAUCAAACAAGUUAUUCUUGAUUUGUAUUUUGUUGUGGUGGCUGAGCAAAAAUUUGUUGAAACCCCAUAAGCAAAACUAAUCCAAUAUUCAGAUACAUCCCAUUCAAAUGGGAAAAAUUAAAUUUGAUUUUUAAAUUGUUCAGAUGAAAGUUAGAUUACUUCGAUUCACGAGUUAAUAUUAAAAGCAUGAAUUUAGAGAGCUCAUUUGAUUGUGAGUUAAUGAAAUCAAUGCAAAAAAACUCAUUUAGGCCUCUUAAACUACGCAUAAAAGUCGAUUAAAUCCUUAUAAACUUUAUAAUUUCUAAAAUAAAAUAAUAGUUUUUUAGAGGUCGUGCGCCUAAAUAUUAUGCAACACCUCCAGUUUCACGUAAAAAAAAACCCUUGGAUUUCUAUAUAAAUGUCAUCGUAAACUACUACUAACACCUUGUAUUAGAGGUGGUCAGAGUAUGGUUUGGAACUAAAAUUGAAACUGGACUGGUACAACUUGGAAUGGAAAUUAAUUAAAUGUGAACUGAACAAAUUUGGCUUCAAUCCAAUGGAAUCGUCCAGUCUGAUUUCAAGCCAUAAAAAAAAUUUUUUCCUUUUAAAAAAAGAAAAAAAUAAUAAAAAAUUUUAAAAGUUGAAUUUAAUCAAAACUGAAUCAAAUCAAAAGGCUAGAUUCCAAUCUCCUUGCCCUUGAAUCAAAAUGGGAUAAAUUACCCAAAAAGUAUUAUGUGAUUUCACUCAUUUUUCACUUCAAAGUCUGUGACUUAUUUUGCGACAAAGUGAUAUUUAAGGUUUUGCACCGUUAGCAAACGGCGAUUUUCCAUCUUUUCUCCAUCAAAUGUUGCUGACAUACAUGAAAAAGGGCUGACGUAGAGUAGAACAAAUUAACAUGGACAAAAUUUGACUCAAAUAAAAAACCUAAAGUUAUGCAAUAUAAAAUAGACUAGUGACAAAUUUUUCCCUCUGCGAAUUUUUUAUAUUGUGACUUAAGCUUAUAAGUUUCUUGAUUUGUUCCUCGCUUGUUGUAUACAUAGAUAUCCCCUUCAAAAAUUGCUGUACACAGAGAAUAUACCCAAAGCUUGCAACAUGAAUAUCCCGAACAACAUACUAUACUAAACACAGACAAUGUAACCAUCUUUUUUCCAUUUUCAAAUAUGAUCAUUAUUAGCACGAACAAUUAUAAGACUAAUGUAGUUCGUCCUGGAGGGGGCACAAGGAGAAAAAGAUGAUCUAGGUGUCACCAAAUCAACUAAUCAAAUAAUAUAAGCACCUUUCAACUAUUUAAUUAAUAAGGCAUGAUUAACACUAAUUUUGUGAAGUCUACUAGCAAGAUAGAACAAAACACAUGGCACUUUAAUCAAUGAGAAGCAUAGAAAAUUUUUAAUGCACCCAUAAGUUCAAAAUAGAAAUAAACUGUGAAGAAUAAGAGAAAGAAGAAAGAAGAAAGGAAGAAGGAAAAGAAGUUGCACCGCAGAUUUAUUAGUUUCUUGUACAAGUUGCUUUAAGGUCCAAUUUGGUUGUCUUUUCAAACAGCUUGAACGUGAUAUUCUCCAAUUCCCCAUGAUCCCUCCUGGUUCUCUUCAUGUCUGACUGUUUAACUGGUGAUGUUUUCCUCUUAUCCUGCUAAUAGAAAACUGACAAUAAGAAACAAAAAUUAAAAUUUCACCUAUUGACUACAAAAUGCAUAAUUAAUGAAAACAAUUAAUGUUUCAUAUAUACAAACAGUUAAAAUCAUUGUAUGUGGUUUUUAAAUUCUGUUCUAUUCUGUUUUUCUCAUCAAAAAUAGAGGAGUCCAUUGGUGACAUCUAAAAUGAUGCUCAGGUUAGUCCAUUACUCUCAUGUAUGGAUAUACUAUGGUUCUAUUUGUACUCCUAUUUAGUUUCAGGCUAGCAUUAUAGCUCUUCUUGGGAAUUAUUGUUUGCAUGAUGUCACUACACAUGUAUUUUGCACCCCUAGGAGUGUGCUUGUGGAUCUCCCUUCCGUGGGGAAGGCUAACCGAGAGAGUUUCAUAAAUGUUUCUAUUGAAAGAAGAACAAACUCUUGAGUCAUGAUGUAUCAUUUUAGUUGAAAGCUAACAAUUCUUUGGUUAGUUUUUGAUUAAAAUUAUUGUUUUUCCUUAGUGAUUUGCUAAAAAAAAGAGCAUUGAUCAUUUUUUUUUAUAGUGGACCUACUUCGAUAAACUAAUUUAAUUCCACAAAAAAAUUGCUCUGGAAAAAUUGGGUUGGAGCAAUCCCACUUGCAACUUGAAGAUGAAGAGCAAUCCCAAUUGUAGCUCGAAGAUGAAGUAAUCCCAUUUUACAUAUUUUUAAUUUUGUCAAAUUAUUAAAAAAUAAUUUUUUA